AUGGACAUAUCCAAAAGCAUCUCGAGCACAAAAGCAAAGGUUGCAAAGUCGGGUCUCGUGGAUGCAGCAGUUACAUUUCGUCAAGUCAUCGGGGGUAUCAAACCAUCUCUAUUCCAUGGCAUCAGUAAGCUAUACACGCUUCAUGAAGACAUGUCCAUCAACUACCUGUCCUAUAAGCCCAACUCCAACGUCCAGUCCACCGCAAGUGAUGUAUCCAUGCUGCCUUUUUGGAGACUCGACUUUGGAUAUGGAUGUCCUGAUCGCACAAGAGGGUACAUUACUUUUGGAGGUAAUGGGUGCAUGGUUGUGUUUGGUCGCGGAGACGAUACAAAGGGGCCCAUGUAUGAUGUCCAGCUUCAAAUGGAUGCUGAUUCUAUGGGCAGGUUCAUUGAGGAUCCCGAUGUUCAGAAAUAUGCCAAAAAUAUACUCUUUUAG